GAAUUAACAUACGGGUCUGUUUCUAGUCCACACGAUGUUUAUCCCACUUCUCUGGCGUCCACACAUGCACUGCCUACCUACGCCUUUUCCUCUCUGUCUCUGUGUCAGUGUCAUCCUCUAUCUAUCUAAUCUAUGUUCUAAACUAAUUGCAAACGAAACUGUAACUGCAAUGAAAAGCGUCAUCUCCUGUACCAAUCCACUUGCCCCUUUGCCUUGUUUCACCUCCGCCUCUUGACUGUACUCAGGCCAAAUUUGGACUGAAAGAAGUAUGGCACUGGCUGCUGCGCAAUCAAUCUGUUUGUACCGUGACGAAAUUAUUGGUAAUGCAUAUUUCAGAUCAGGACUUACUAGUCAUGCAAGGUUUCACAGGCGAAGGGUCGUAAAUUUACGCGGUGUAGCUCUAAUGAAAAUUAGGUUCACUAGCAGAAAGUCUAAAUAUUUCCAAUUGAUCAGACCUUAUAGGAACUUUUGUUGUUUCGGAUCAGAAUUUUCAACAUUGCUCUCCAGCAUGACUGAAAAGAUGUCUUCAUCAUCUGGUACUAGUACAACUAAACAUGAGCUAAUUUGGUUCCGUUUCAAGACAAAACAGACAUUUGACUUUCUUGUUGACAAAGUAAGAAUUGUUCUCAAAGAAUGGAGGCAUCUACACUUCAUGAAAGUUGUUGGUUUACUGGCGUGUGCUUUCAUGGUCAUUCCAUCAGCCAACGCUGUUGACGCUCUCAAAACUUGUACCUGCUUGCUUAAGGAAUGCAGAAUGCAGCUUACCUUGAUGCAGAGAAUCACUCUGCCUUUUAGUUUCAACACACAUCCUAAUUGGUUCAAGCAUUCUGAAGCUCCCAACAAAUGGUAUCUUAUUCUAUUUUCUUAGCUUAGGUUGAUUAUAGCGUGACAGCUACUGAUACAAGAGUACUGAAAUGUGUUACCCUGCUUCGUUUUAGAUAAUAAGAUGGCUUAGAAAGAAACUUAGCUAUAUAACCUUCAAUUCGCGCUAGUUCAAUUUUUAAGAAAAUGGCCCCAGGUCAAUAAAAUUCUUUUUGUGAAGGAAAAUCGUAAACAA